AUCACUUGCCACAAAACUCUACCCUUUUCAACUCCCAAGCUCAUACACAAACCACCAAAUAUUUUCUCAUGGACUCAUCCUCUUCAUCAUCUGUUGAAUACAACUCCAAUGAGAACGGCUCUGGAGAUAGACUAGUGCUAGAAACAACAGAUAUAGCAGCAGAGCAAGCUGUAUCCUACAGGGGUGUGCGUAGGCGUCCGUGGGGCAAAUUUGCUGCCGAGAUCAGAGAUGCUACCAGAAAUGGAGUUCGAGUAUGGAUAGGAACUUUCGACAGUGCUGAAGAAGCUGCGUUGGCGUAUGAUCAAGCAGCAUUUGCCAUGCGUGGUUCAGCUGCAGUGCUUAACUUUCCUCCUCACCUUGUUUAUCAGUCCUUGUUAGACAUUAAGUAUGAUUUCCAGGGCAAGUGUUCCCCGGUUUUGGCAUUAAAGAAGAUGCAUUCUUCAAAGAAGAAGAAGAUGAUGAAGAAGAGUAGAAAGGAGAAGACAGCAAGAGACAAUCAAGAGAUGGAAUAUAGAAUGCAUAGUUAUGAUGAUGUGGUGGUGUUGGAGGAUUUAGGUGUUGAGUAUUUAGAACAACUUCUAACUUUAUCCGAGAAAACAAACUACUCUUGGUAAAACGGAAACUAGAGGAUGUCUCAAACUACUCUUGGUAAAACAGAAACUAGAGAAAGUCUCAAACUACUCUUGGUAAAACAGAAACUAGAGCAAGUCUCAAACUACUCUUGGUAAAACGGAAAGUAGAGCGUACUCAACUUGUUCCA